GUUCUGGAUUGGAGCGUCUAAACUGGCUGUGGAAGAAGAGCGAGAAAGAAUGAUUGUGAAUAGUAAUAGUGUUAACAAACAUCAGAUAUAGGGCUCAUUGUAACGUUUGCAGUAACGACACACUGGGUUACCCUCUUGCAUGCCCAUGAGCGUGUUAUUUAGUGAGGGAUUAUCCAUGUAGAUGUGUUACAGCGGUAGCCGCUUCAUCCCGGCAGCCGAGCAGAGAGAGAGAGAGAAGGACAGCUCCGGGUCGGAUAGUAAACGGAGUCGAGCUCCCUCUUUCGGUGUGGUGUGUCCGCCUGGAGAUCAGACGGCGAAGUGGCUCCUCCGGCUGCCCAGUGUGAGGAAGAGGAGGGAGAGUGAGAGCACCGGCCACCCUUUGUCUUCAUUGCGAGGUUUUGGUAUAGACGAAUAGCCUUAAACGGAGUACCGAAUUUCAGGCAGGUGAAAAGUAUGUUUCAGCUUCCAGUGAACAACCUCGGCAGUUUACGUAAAGCCAGAAAAAAUGUGAAGAAGGUUCUAGGAGACAUCGGCUUGGAAUACUGCAAGGACCACCUCCAGGAUUUUAAAGACUUCGUCCCCAAUGACUUCUAUGUGAAGAACACUACCUGGGACGAUGUAUGCGCUUGGGAUCCCUCAUUAACCAAAAUCCAGGACUACAGGUCGAAGCCUUUCUGCUGCUCAGGCUGCCCCUUCUCCUCCAAGUUCUUCUCGGCCUACAAGAGCCACUUCCGCAAUGUCCACAGUGAAGACUUUGAGAGCCGAAUUCUGCUCAACUGCCCCUACUGCACUUACAAUGGGAACAAGAAGACCCUGGAGACACACAUCAGGCUGUUCCAUAUGCCCAAUAAUGUGGUGCGGCAGGGUGUGGGCGGUGGGCAAGCCGGCCUGAAAGAUGCAGCACGGCUGGACGGCAACCUCAAGCCUAGGCCUGCGGACAGUGUGGAGCAGGCGGUGUACUACUGCAAGAAGUGCACCUACCGGGACCCACUGUACAAUGUGGUGCGCAAGCACAUCUACCGGGAACACUUCCAGCACGUGGCUGCGCCUUAUGUAGCCAAGCCCGGUGAAAAGUCUCUCAACGGCGCAGCGGCUGGGAACCCCAGCACUGCCCGCGACGACGCCCUCCACUGUAAGCGCUGCCUGUUCGUCCCCCGCUCGUACGAGGCGCUGGUGCAGCACGUCAUUGAGGAUCACGAGCGUAUCGGCUACCAGGUCACCGCCAUGAUCGGCCACACCAACGUGGUGGUGCCCAGGUCUAAGCCCAUCAUGCUCCUCUCACCAAAGACCCAGGAGAAAGGCAUCCUGGGUGUGACGCAGAAAGGAGCGCUUGUUACUGCUGGCGUCCGCCCACUUUCCACUCAGCAGCUGAGUCGGAUUGUCAUCCCGAAGGCUGGCCUGGCCACAGGAGGGCUGCUGUCAGGGGUCCAUCUGAAGCAGGGUCCGUAUGCGCUAAAGAGUGGCGGGACGACACAGACCUUCUCUGGCAGCACCCAACAGGUGCGCAUCACGUUGCCCGGCAACGCUCAGGUGUCCGUCCCACAGCAGUCGCACACUGUCAAGCAGCACCUGCCUGGUGGCAAUGUGCGCAGUCCAGGGGCAGUGGGGCUGGUAGAAGGCAGGAGCUUCCAAUCAGGCACCUCCUCCACUUCCUCCUCCUCCUCUUCCACACUGAAGCCCGUUUCACUGCCCUCGCGAGUGCAGGCUGCCGCCGCCACUGUGGCUUCAGUUGCUGCCAAGAAGGGGAGCACGUCCAUUCUUGGCACCUCCUACACUCAAAAGUGGAAAAUCUGCACCAUCUGCAAUGAGCUCUUUCCCGAAAACGUAUAUAGUGCGCACUUUGAGAAAGAGCACAAGGCAGAGAAAGUGCCAGCAGUCGCCAACUACAUCAUGAAGAUCCACAACUUCACCAGCAAGUGUCUGUACUGCAACCGCUACCUGCCCAGUGACACCCUCCUCAACCACAUGCUGAUCCACGGCCUGUCCUGCCCCCACUGUCGCGCCACCUUCAACGACGUGGAGAAGAUGGUGGCCCACAUGCGGCUGGUCCACCCGGAUGAGGUGGUGGGCCCACGCACCGACUCCCCACUCACUUUCGACCUGACCCUGCAGCAGGGGAACCCCAAGAAUAUCCAGCUGAUCGUCACCACCUACAACAUGCGGGAUGCACCGGAGGAGUCGGUGGCCUUCCACGCCCAGAACAACACUUCCGCCGCCCAGUGCAAGAAGGCACCGCCCAAGAUGCCCGACAACCUCGAUGUGCCCGUGAAGAGCGCACCGCAGGCCGCUGUGCCAUACAAGAAGGAUGUGGGCAAGACUCUCUGCCCACUGUGCUUCUCUAUCCUGAAAGGGCCCAUCUCUGAUGCACUGGCGCACCACCUGAGGGAGAGGCACCAGGUGAUCCAGACGGUGCAUCCUGUGGAGAAGAAGCUGACCUACAAGUGCAUCCACUGCCUGGGCGUCUACACUAGCAACAUGACGGCCUCCACCAUCACACUGCACCUUGUGCAUUGCCGUGGGGUGGGCAAGACACAAAAUGGGCAGGACAAGCCCACUGCGCCCCCAAGGGUGACCCACACAACUGGUGUGGCGUCCCUCAAGCGUGAAUUUGAGCACUCGGACCCAGCCGUCCUGAAAAGGCGAAAGUUGGACCAAGAACAUUGUGCCUCGACUUUUGUGGAGAGGCCCGAGGAGCCGGUGGUCUUGGCGCUGGACCCCAAGGGCCAUGAGGAUGAGUCUUACGAGGCACGCAAGGCCUUCCUCACAGAGUACUUCAACAAGCAGCCUUACCCAUCCCGCCGAGAGGUGGAGAAACUAGCCGCCAGCCUGUGGCUGUGGAAGUCAGACAUUGCCAGCCACUUCACCAACAGGCGCAGGAAGUGUGUUCGGGACUGUGAGACCAGGAAUGUGGCGGUGCUGUUUGGCUUCAACAUGCGGGAUGUCAACCGGCUCAAGCAUCGGCUGGACUUUGACCCCCAGUGGUUCUUCGAGGGUAAAGACGACGAGGAGAGACGGACAUCCAAAACCGCCAUGGGCCGGUCCGCAGACUCUAUCAACCGCCGCCUGGAGGAGAGUGCGGUGGCUGCUGCAGCAGCAGCUUUACGUCAGCAGGGGGCGAAAGGUGAGGAUGUGAAGUGCAGCCAAGGGCCACGGCGGCCAAACAGUGCCAAGGCUGUGGCCACACCUGAUGUUGGCGGAAGUGACCAAAUCAAGACAAUCGAAUGCACCUUAAAACAAAGAACUGAAAAGCACUCAGAACCCAUAGCCCUGGACUCAGACAGUGGGUCAGGGGAGGAAGAGGAGGAGGAGAAGGAGAAAGGAGAAGAAAGGCCUCAAGAGAGAGUUGUUUCUGCUGAAAAGCUGGUGGAGAGGGGGGAGGGAAGCAGUAAUGAGACAGUGCAGAGAAUGGAGGUCGACACCCAGGAGGAGGAGGAGGAGGACAUGAAGGAGAACUCCAUGAGUGACGACGGGCUCACUGUGGGACAAAACCAGGAGAAGGGAGACGCCCACCAGGCCAGGUCCCCGAGUGACUCGGACUCAGAGGAAGGGCCCUGGGCGAGGGAAGCGACUCAUGGUGAGAAUGGAUAUGGGCCGGCCAAGCUGGAGAGGCAGGGGAAAAAGGAGCAGGUGGCAGCGAAGCUGGGGAAGAGCCAUUCCUCAGCAUGUCAGGACCACAGCAGCCAGGGCGAGGCAAAGGGCAGGCAGGAAGCUGCGAUGCUCGAACAAGGGGCUGGGGGCAAGGAGUCGGGCCCAGGGGUGCUGUCUGGAAGUGUGGGGCUGAGCAGCCAGCAGGCAUGAGGGGUACAAAAACGUAUACAUACACAUACAUAUAUACAUCACCACCACCACAGUUGAUCAUGCCGAAGCCCUGUUAUACCGGAACUCAAGACUUGAAACGGUCAAGGGUGGUUGAGGGAGAGGGAUCUUCCUUAUUGGCUUUUCACCCUUAAGCCAUCCAACGACAUAGCAAGUUAAUGUCAAAGGCGAACUUAGCUGCUUUGUGUUAAUGUUCAACAGUGGCAGGAAUGAAAGAAUAUGUCAUUGCUUGUUUUCUGAGCAGGAAUAACACAAUGUUAAAA